CCGCUGGACGCGAGCACGGGAGCGGCGCGGCGGCCUGGCGGGUUUGUCGGUGUGAAGGCGCCUCGCAGGAGCGGGGCCGUCGGUAGCGCCGAGAGGGAAAACGAAAACUUCCCCCGGCGAGCUGCGCUUCCCCGUGCGCUGGCGGGGAGGAAGGAGCUGGGGGGAAGCAGCCGAGUUCUUGAAAAUCGAGGCAAUGUAGACAAAACCGAGACAAUUCCGGAGUUAGGUCUUAACGGCGGUCUAGCGCCAGGCCGGGCGGCGGCGGAGCUGAGCUGAUGCUCGGCAGUGCCGCUGCUCCCCAGCGGGUCCCUGCCUCGGCCUGCGGGAGGAGGCGGAGCCCGGGGGCAGGGGGAGGGACAGAAACAGCAACAAAACCCCCCUUUUUGAUCUCGGGGAAGUAAAACGUACAAAAAUGCAGCGAGCAGGCUUGGGAGGCGUUUGCUGCGUUACACAAUUUUGUUCCUCUGUGCUGUUUUCUCACAGCACUACCCUGUUUUGGGUAGGCGGCGAUUUUUAACGCUGAACUGUUCAAACCGCUUCGCACACGGGGCUCAGACGCGGACAGGCAGCGAGCGCGGGCCGUGGCUUCGAACAGUGCUUUCCUUCAGCAGCUCGAUUUUGAAAGGGGACAGGCCAAGUACAGGACAGCAAUCCAACCUGACAUCCUGGAGCUGUCCGCUUUCCUUUCGCGGGUUUCCGGACUGAGUAUCUUACCUCAAAUUUCAAAAUGGAACUGGACAUCCAGUGUGAGGAGAUGAACCCAGCUCGAUGGGCUGAACUUCUUUCCACCAUGAAAUCCUGCAAAACCAUCAGGCUGGAUGAUUGCAGUCUCUCCAGUAGUAACUGCAAGGAUCUCUCCUCCGUCAUUAAUAUGAAUCCAUCCCUCACAGAGCUGAAGCUGAACAACAACGAGCUGGGAGAUGAAGGCAUUGAAUACCUGUCUAAAGGGUUACUGAUGCCAGGCUGUAACUUGCAGAAAUUAUGGCUGCAGAACUGCAAUCUAACGAGUGCCUGCUGCGAGACUCUCUGCUCUGUCCUCAGUGCACAGCCCUCGCUGACAGAGCUGCACGUGGGUGAUAACAGACUCGGAACCGCUGGGGUAAAGGUGCUGUGUCAAGGGCUCAUGAACCCCAACUGCAAGCUACAGAAGUUGCAGCUGGAAUAUUGUGAACUCACAGCUGAUAUUGUGGAAGCUCUCAAUGCUGCUCUGCAAACCAAGCCCACCCUGAAGGAGCUCAGCCUAAGUAACAACACGCUGGGAGAUACGGCUGUAAAACAACUGUGUCGGGGACUAGUGGAAGCCAAAUGUGAUCUAGAGCUAUUACACCUGGAGAACUGUGGAAUAACCAGCGACAGUUGUCGGGAUAUUAGCGCUGUCCUCAGUAACAAGUCAUCCUUGAUAGAUCUGUCCGUGGGGGAUAACAAGAUUGGGGACUCUGGUUUGGCUCUGCUAUGCCAAGGACUGCUGCAUCCGAACUGUAAAAUUCAGAAGCUAUGGUUAUGGGACUGCGAUCUCACAAGUGUUAGCUGUAAAGAUCUCUCCAGAGUCAUCAGUACAAAAGAAACCCUCAUAGAGAUAAGUCUGAUAGACAAUAACCUGAGAGACUCGGGCAUGGAAAUGCUGUGUCAGGCACUCAAGGAUCCAAAAGCUGGACUGCAGGAGCUAUGGGUUAGAGAGUGUGGGCUCACAACUGUCUGCUGUAAGGCAGUCAGCUCUGCUCUCAGCAUGAACAAACACCUGAAAGUACUGCAUAUCGGCGAGAACAAGUUGGGAGAUGCAGGCGUUGAACUCUUGUGCGAAGGGCUGCUGCACCCAAACUGCAACAUUCAGUCCCUGUGGCUGGGUAACUGCGAUCUCACAGCAGCCUGCUGCGCGACACUCGCCACGAUCAUAGUUGCCAAACAGUGUCUUACAGAGCUGGACCUGAGCUACAACACUCUGGAAGAUGAAGGCAUGAGGAAGAUCUGUGAAGCCUUGAGGAAUCCAAACUGCAAGCUGCAGCAGUUAAUUUUGUAUGACAUUUUUUGGAGCUCGGAAAUGGAUGAUGAACUAAGAGCCCUGGAAGAAUCCAAACCUGAACUGAAGAUCAUUUCCUGAGUGGUGACUGAGUGGUGACUGACUGCCUGCAGAGCCAAGUCGAAGCAAUAUCCUCUUCUUAAUCUGAACUUUUCAUAUAUAAAGCUAAUUAACUUAAUAUAGAACGUGCUUCUACCAAAAAACAUUCAUGGAGUACCUGAGUGGCUGUCCAAGAGAGUUGAUAAGCCUCCUGUGCAUCACUGCACAUACUAAACUUGAGGCUUAAUAAAGCUUUUUUAAGUUUUCACUGCUGCAUUGCUAUCCUCAAACUAAACGCUUACUGGUCAUCUGCUAGAAGUGAGUCUCUACCUUUUAGGAACUUUUUAAUCCCUCCUAAUCUCUCCUAAUGUAUUAGUCAUCCUUUAAGGAGAACUAAAGCAAGAGGAGAACAGCCCAAAAUUUUUUUACUGGGUGGUGCUUUUGACAGGUCUCUGAGGAAAGCUCUCCAAAACCAACACAAACUCUUUUUUAAUCUAAAAUUGAGCUUUCCCCUGCUUUCCUUAGAAGAGUUCUUGGAAGAAGAGUGCUAGAGAAGAGAGAAGUGAAUGGCUGUUCAGCUACUUAACUUCAGAAUUAGCUUCCUUGGAAAAAUGAAUUUCCUACAAACAAAAGAUGCUGUGCAUUUUUGCUAGUACUGGGAACGAUUAAAUGGUUUGAUACGUUUGCUCUGGUAAGAAUGGUUCUAUGGAAUGUAUUAAAAUCUGUUUGCAAAGAAUUAAA